CAACGAAGCGUCUCCACCGGUGCUCGCCCCCCUCAAACUUCCCCGGCGCUCGCGAUGCCCGCCGCCGCCGAACGCCUCGCCGCCCAGUGGGUCGUGGACGCCCUCGCCGCUGACGAGACCAUCGACUUCUUCGUAAUAAAGGGGUUCCUGGUGCUCCACCAGCGCUGGUGGGAGAUUCAUCGGAGUUCCUCGUCGGCGCCCCGGAUGCUGCGCGGGAGCGGGUGGCGCUCCGGUGCCUGCAGGAGCUUGCCGCCUUCGCCGUCUCGGACGAGGAUGGUGCGGCGGCGGCGCCGUCGGGGAUGCUUAGGGUUGACGCCGCCCGCUCUUGCGAGGACUUGCUGAUUGAGCUCACCGGGCAGGUUGGAAGCUCAAUAAGUUUUGAAAGGGACAGAAUUCUGCCAUUUAGACAAGCUAUUCAGGACUUUAUUUGUAUCAAGAAACCUACACUACCUGUAACUUCUUUGGAGUUGCUCCGAGAAGUUGAUCCAGAGAUUCAAUCUGUGGCUGCACCAUCCCCAGUAGAUCAGAGUGGCAUCAAGAAACACGACAACAAUCAGUCCCUGUGCAAUGUCAACCAUCUCCACUCAAAUGUAGAUAAGCCUAGGCCCCCUACAGUCAGUACUGAGCUUCAGCCUGAAAAUUUAACACAUGUAGAUAACGAAACUGAAAUAGGUGAUUUCCAGCAGUGUCCAAUCAAACCAACUGUUGAUUUUGACCAACCAUGUGCAUCAGACAUCAGGUUCUACAAUCAACCACGAGAAGAUGCUAUAAAUGCUGCUAGUGUUGGUGCAAGUACCACAGAAAAGAAUCUUUCUAAUGUGGAUAGUGACAUGUCAGUAGCUGCUCUGUCUGCUGAUGUACCUGCAUCAGCUAGCUGCAAUGCGACUUCACAGGGCAACAUUGUGGAACCCUUGUCAAAGAAGGAUAUGGUAGAUAAAACUACCGUGGUUCAACCACAGCUUUGUAAAGGAAAAUCAUCAAAUCCAAAUGAUGAUGGCACCUGUGAUCAAUCAUUGAAGGAUCCCAGUCAUGAAAACCAAACUGUGCAGGCUACAAUGGCUCCAGCUUUUGACAGAAUCAAUGAUGUUUUACCAACCAAUACAUCUGAAGCAAGCCACUUGGUAAACCAGAAUCUGGAUGGCAGUGCCAGCAUUCCACCUGUAGAAAAGGAUCCUGUUCAUGAGGAAUUGACUCUGCGAGCUGCUAGCGGUAUACCAUCUGUAACCUGCAAUAGUGCUAUGCAAGAAGACAAAUCUGGGACUAACCACCCAUCUACAGAGCAUACUACAAUGUUUGAAGAGCAUAUUGGUACCAAGUCUCAACUGGAAGUUAGUUCUGCUGACAAAAACAAGCACACUCUAUAUGAUGAUGUCACCAUGUUGGAAAAGAAUAUGGUCUGUGGUGGUCCGAAUGUGCAGAAUGCUCCAGAGCCUCUUAGCUGCAAUGUAACCUUGCAUGAUAAAAUUUCAGAAGCCAACUCUUUAUCUAAGCAGAAUAUUGAAACAAACACAGCUGAAGUUCAGGAAUGUAGUUGCAGUAUAUCUGUUCCAAACUCUUCUCAUGAUGGGGACAGAAAAAGAGCUAAACAAGAUUCAAAGAAGCAAACUGUUGGGAAAACUGUGGCAGAAACAUCACAUGUCCAUAGCGCAGAUGAUAGUUUCAGUGGAUUUGCUGCUGCUCGUCUGCUGUCAAUGACUGGAAAAAUGCCAUUCUGUAGUCAGGUUCAAGAAGCCAAUGAUUGCCUUGGGGUCUCCCAAGAACAAGAUCUAUGUAUAAAAUGUGGUAAAGAUGGUCAGCUGCUGCAAUGCAGCAGCUGCUUUUUAUCUGCUCAUGAUAGCUGUUUUGGUUCGUCAGUGACAUUUGAAGACUCUGGACAGUUUUAUUGCCCAGUAUGCAUCUGUACUAAAGCCACUGAAGCAUACCAAAAGGCAAAGAAAACAUAUAUUGAAGCUAGGAAGAAUCUAUUUGCUUUCCUUGGCACAGAGAAUUUGCUCAAGCAUCAUGAUGAGCUGCAAACCAACGGUGGGGAUCAAUUGAAUGUACGAAAUUCAUUAAAAAGGCAAAAAAGCUGCAGCCAAACCAAAGAUGAUGACCUUGCUCAUCAGGGUGAAGAGUCUGAUCGGCAGAGGAAGAACCAGAAAAUAAAUGCUGCGAGUGAUGCAUGUAAUGGGGUAGUCAUUGAAAAGGCAUUUUCUGUUCGGAAUUCUGAUGUGGCACCCAUGAAUAAACAUUCUGUGCUCCUGAACAAUAGCAAUCAACCUCAUAAUUCUGAGAAAGACCAUCAUGUGGAAAACACAGAAGCUCGUGAAGAUGCUGGUAAUGGCCACUCAUCUCAUGAGAGAAGAAAUUCAUAUCAGAACAGAUGCACUCCUGCUGCAAAUCCGGAAGUUGAGGCUGGCAAAGAUGCUGGUAAUGGCCACUCAUCUCAUGAGAGAAGAAAUUCAUCUCAGAACAGAUGCACUCCUGCUGCAAAUCCGGAAGUUGAGGCUGGCAAAGAUGCUGGUAAUGGCCACUCAUCUCAUGAGAGAAGAAAUUCAUCUCAGAACAGAUGCACUCCUGCUGCAAAUCUGGAAGUUGAGGCUGACAAAGAGGAUAUCCCUACAACUUCUCACCAAUCCGAAAAUUCUGAUGAAAUAGAAGCUUCAUCCUCAAAUGACUCUGGCAAACGAUCCUCACCCCCUUGGCGUACUAUGAAGCACCAUAAAGCAAAACUACAAGAAAGGGAAGCAACUGCAGCUAGUAAUUCUAGAAAAGCAUUUGGGCAGCAGGAUCAACACAUGCCUUCACCGUCAGGGAAAAGAAAAUAUGCAUACCCACCCAAGCGUUAUUCCAAUCCUGUUGCACCCACUGGAAGGCGCUCGAAGCUCUGUUGGACAGAAGAGGAAGAAGCAGCUUUAAGCGAAGCAAUGGAAAAGUUCACCCCACGGGACAACGGGGCUAUUCCAUGGGUUCAGAUACUAGAACAAGGCAGGAAUGUGUUCCACAAGACACGCCUCCCGUGUGAUCUGAGGGUCAAGUGGAGGAACAUGAAGAAAAAAGCAGGCUCCUGACGCUAACGAUUUCACGCCUAAUGCUACCAUCAUACCAUGUCAGUCUAACCCUUUCCUCACCUCUGAUCAUCCUCUUGACCUCAUGUAAAUGUAAAUGGUUUGUGCUAUCUUCUUGCGCAAGUAGGACCUACAAAGUUUAGUCUGAUGUCAUAUAUAGUAGCUUUCAAUCAUUAGGAAACUAUAAGGGCGUUUGGUUUCUCUGCUGUGAAGGUAGUCGAUGUAAAUGACCUGUAUUAUUUUUUCGACAAACAUCUCCAUUGUACAUUUUCAUC